AUGACUGAUAUAAGGAAAUCACCAGAAAAAAAGGCUUUUGAAAGAUUACCAAAUAACGUUAAACCUCUUCAUUAUGAUCUUCGUUUGAAACCUAACUUGAGAACUUUUGUAUUUGAUGGAAAAGUUGAAAUCAAACUUCAGGUGAAUGAACCAACUUGUGAAAUCAUUUUCAAUGCGUUAGAGCUUGAAAUAAAGUCGUGCGUUUUACUACUGGAAAAUGGAUCUGAAUUGAGGCCGAAUAUACAGCCUUCACUAGAUACAGAGAGAGUUAAACUGGUUUUCAAUCAAAACAUUCCUGUAGGAACUGCCCAGCUAACAAUUAAAUUCAAAGGAGAAUCAAAUGAUAAGACUGAGGAGGAUCAGAAGUGCUAUUAUGCUGAGACACAAUUCGAAGCUCCAGGCGCUAGAAGGUAUUUCCCUUGUUGGGACGAACCAGCAAUUAAAUCUGUAUUUGAAGUAACAUUGAUUACUGCAAUAAGAGAUGUUGCUCUCUCUAAUAUGCCAGUUGUAAGUGAGUUAGAAGAUGGAGAUUAUAAAAUUGUCAAAUUUGCUCCAACUCCAAUCAUGUCUACGUACCUGGUAGGAUUUGUGGUUGGAGAUUUUGACUAUAUUGAAGAUAACUCUAAUGAUGGCAUCCUAAUUAGGGUGUAUGCACCCCCAGAGGUCAAGAAACAAGGGCGUUUUGCUCUUAACAUCGCUACAAAAGUGUUACCUUAUUAUCAGGAAUACUUUCAGGUGCCUUACCCACUUCCCAAAAUGGAUCUAGUCGCUAUUGAAGAUUUACCAGUAGGUGGCAUGGGGAAAUGGGGUUUAGUUUCUUAUAGGCAAUCAGCUCUGUUGGUGGACAGUAGCAACGCUUCAGCUUCUCAAAAGCAAUUGGUGACGAUCAUCAUAGCUCUUGAAAUAGCUCGUCAAUGGUUUGGAAAUCUUGUAACUAUGGAAUGGUGGACUCAAUUGUGGCUUUAUGAAGGAUUUAUUACUUUCAUAAGAAAUCUCUGUUUAGCUCAUCUUUUCCCAGAGUACGAUAUAUGGACUGAAUUUGUUUUCAAUAUUCAUGUAAAAGCCUUAGAAUUGGACUGUCUCAAACCAAGCCAUGCAUUAGAGGUUCCAGUUGAACAUCCAUCUGAAGUCAAUAAAAUCUUUGAUGAUGUAUCUUAUAACAAAAGUGCUUCUCUUAUCAGGAUGCUGAAUCAGUACUUGGGAGAUAGUGAUUUUAAGAAAGGUAUGCAUAUCUACUUAACUCGUCAUCAAUAUGAUAAUACAUUCACCGAAGAUCUCUGGAACGCUCUCGAAGAAGCCUCGCAAAAACCUGUUAAGGAUAUGAUGUCCACUUGGACAAAGCUGGCAGGUUUCCCUGUGAUCAAUAUCAUAAACUCUGAACAAACUGGAGAUGUUAGGGAGUUGACUAUUUCACAAGACAGAUUUUGUGGUGGUUCAGAUAAUGCAGGAGAAUCCAGUUUAUGGAUGGUCCCGUUGACAUUUUCAACUGAAUCCAAUCCACACGAUAUUGUUUAUUCUUGUGUUUUGGAGACUAAGACUUGUAAAGUUCAAAUACCUGCUGCUCCUGGUGAUUGGGUCAAGCUAAAUCCAGAUAAUGUUGGUUUUUAUCGAACUCAUUAUGCACGCAACUUAUUAGACCAAUUUAUUCCUGCAAUGAGAAACAAGUCUCUACCUCUGAUGGAUAGACUGAACAUCGUAGAUGAUCUUUUCGCUUUGGUACAAGCCGGUCACUGCCUUCAUGACAAACAACUCAGGUCUUUGGUGCUUUCAAAAUUGGGAACAUAUGGUGAUCCCGAAACAAUUAAAGAAGCUAAAAGGAGGUUUUCUGACCAUGUCAGUAAAAGAUGUAUCAUUCCCUUGGACUUGAGAACUUCUGUGUACCAAGCGGUAAUUUCUGAAGGGGAUCAAUCAACUUUUGAUACAUUGAUCCAGAUGUAUAAAACAGAAACUUCACAAGAGGAGAAAGAAAGAAUUUAUGCAUCACUGGGUGCAUUUAAAGACGCCAAUAUAUUAUUAAAAGUAUUGAAUUUUGCCAUGUCUGAUGAAGUUAGUCCACAGGACAAGAUAUUUGUAAUAAUUUCUGUGGCAACAGACAUAGCUGGACGUACAUUAGUCUGGGAAUUCUUAAAGAAAAAUUGGACUAAUAUAUAUAGUCUAUACAAGGGUGGUUUCCUUAUGACUCAUCUUGUGAAGUAUACUGUAGAAAACUUUUCUUCUCAUGAAAUGGCAGAUGAAGUAGAAAGAUUUUUUGCAUCAAAAGAUACAAGCUCCUUAGAACGCACUAUCAGUAAAGCUGUUGAAUCGGCCCACUUGAACGCCAGGUGGCUAAGCAGAGACCAAGAGUGCAUCAGGCAAUUUCUUCAAAACCAUGAACAACAUUCGAUAGAUAUUACCGAAUCAAAAGAAGUUAAGUAAUGCAUUUUUCAUGCAUUGGAUUGAUUUUCUUGAAUAGUACUUAUGACUGAUUGGUAUUAGAAGAGGAACCACAAUUUCUGGUUCAUGUUUCUUCUUCAAGGUAAAAUAAAUGUUCGAUAAGUACCUUGUUCAUUGUUCAUAGGCAGAGCUGCUCCAAAUAUAAUUACGAUUAUUUAAAUGAUAGUGAAAUUUAUUUAUAUAACAUAAAUACUUAUAUUUGAGUUUUUUCUCUAAUUAUUAUGCCAUUAAAUAUGCUGAUUGUUAAUAACUGCAUUGAAAGGUGUAGAUUGAUGAAUAAAAGUAAAACAAACAAAAAGAAAGAGUAAAUAUUUAUUAGUUAUUGUUUUCCCAAAUACAUACAUUUGUAAUUAUAUUUAUUAAAUAAACAAAUAAUAUUAUUUAAUAGAUUAUUAUAUGUAUUGUAAUAUUAAUGUCACCUAAGUUAAUGUUUGUAUUGCAUUUUAUUUUUGUCUGAUAUACAUUUUAAUUUAAUA